AUGGCGGUGGGUGACAAGAAAUUUAAUGAGAUGAUGACUCAUAACAAAAUGCUUGAGACACAAAUAACCCAACUUGCAAACACUCUUAAGGAUUAUGCUAGUCCUUACUCUUUGCCUUCUCAAGGAGUGGAACCCAAGAAACCCGUGUAUUUCGUCACCACUAGGAGUGGGAGAGUUCUUAAUGAGGGUGUUUCUAGGUUCAUUGAGGAGGAUGAGGAGAGGAGAGUUUUGAGAGAGAAAGAUGAGAAGGGUGUGUCCAAAAGUGUUAGUUGUGAGGAUGAGCAAGAGAAAAACAAGGAUGAUGAGAAAGAGCGUGAGGAAGUGAGGAUACCCAAUCUACCAUAUCCACAAAAGUUCUUGAGGCACAAAAUGGAUGAGCAAUUUGGUAAGUUUCUUGAGAUGCUCAAGGAAGUUCAUUUUUCUAUUCCCUUUACCGAUGCUAUCCCCCAAAUGCCUAGGUACUCUAAGUUCCUCAAGGAGAUUCUAGAUGGGAAGAGAGAGUGCAAUGAGGUUGACUCGGUUGAAGUUGGAAAGUGUUUAGUGCCCUCAUUCAUAGGGAGUUGCCCAAAAAUAUGGAAGAUCCGGGGAAUUUCUUUGUUCCAUGCAAAAUCAAAGAAAUGA